AUGGCACCUAAAAGACCACUUGGGAUCGGCAAAGCCGCCAAGGCGAAAAAACAAAAAAAAGAGUCGACGGAAAAUGAAUCAGUGGGAGAAACGGCCGCUUCAAACGAGCUUACUGUGGAGUUGGAUGAAGAAAUAGAAGCAAACGAUGCCGUUGCCCAAUUAAAAGCGUUAUGGAAAACAUACUUCGCUUCGGAAGACAAGAGCGAGUUGAUGCUCAACGGGAUCAUCCACGAGUGUGACCGGAUCUUGCGGAAAACUCACAACACCAAAGAACAAGAUGAAGAUGAUGAAAAGAUUGAGCUUUCCGGCCGAUUCUACGCCAUCUACGCCCUUGCCUUGUCGUCUUUGGCCUUUUACCACACGGAAGACCUUAAGAAAGUGAAUGAUUUUUUCGCCGAGGCCUUUGACAGAAUCGAAUCGGGCCGCAAAGCAUUCCCGGACUCUGUGGACUUGGCAUUUGCGGAAGCCAAGAUCAUGAUCAGCCGAAUCCCGUUGGUGGAAGUCAGCCAGUUGCUUGUAGACAGUCGUGUGGGAAAGGAAAGAAGCGAUGUUUCCAAGUCGUUAGACGCAUCUUUGGCCAAGUGGGAAGAGGCGCAGAAGCAGGCUGUAGCGCAGAACCAUUUCCACCAUUACAAUGCAGAGAACUUUGAUUUCUUGCAAGCUUUGGACGACUUGUUGGAUAUGGUGGACAACUUUGGGCAGGAAAUCAUGGAAGGCGAAGAUAGUGACGCCGAAGAAGACGAAAAACCCCACGUUGAGUUGGAUGAGGGCCAUCCAUUGUUUGCGAUAAAACUGCUGGACAAGUACAACUUGUGGUGGCGGGAGCAAACGAUUGCUUUCUUGGACCACUUGAACAAGAACAUCGAAAACGCAAGCGCAAAAGAGUUGCCGGCGCUUGCUGUCUUGAAACGAGAAUUGUGCAAGCGUCUCGGCCAAUCCUACUUGAUGGAAGCAGAAGUUCCUGCCAAUGUAUUCACAACAUUGAGCUACUACUCUAAAGACGCUAAAUCUCUCAACGGGCUCACCCGAGUGGAGGCUCAGAAAAUCAGCCAGGACUUGUUCAAACGAGCUUUAACUUACUUGAAGCAAGCCCAAGACGAGCAGGAACCAGAAACUUGGGUCAACGUGGCAGAGGCCAUGAUCUCGUUGGGAAACACUUACGAAAUCGACAGCAAGGAACAAGAAGAGACUUACAAAGAGGCCGAAGCCAUUUUGGUCAAGGCAAAUAAUGCCACUAACGGCAAGUAUGAGGACAUUCUAGAGAAUUUGAUGCAGGGCUAG